CCUAGCCGCCUCAUCCUGUAUUUGCUGCUAUGAAAAUGUCCGCCGUAGAUGCUGCUGAGAUUUCACAGAGUGAAACAAAAACUACUUUUACACUCAAAUAAACUUAAGUGAUUCCACUCGAAUGCUUGGAGUAAAUAUCAAACACGAUUUACGACGGACUUUAUUUUCGUGCUGGCAUUUACCUCUUUGCUAAAAACUGCACUCGUGCACUUUAGCUUAAGCUAACAGUCAGCAGCUCGCGCGUGGACGCGCGUGUGUUCUCGAGCGGAACCGAAGAGUCCAAUGGCCGACCCGAGAAAAGUCCCGUUCGUCACUCUCGCCUCGUUCAGCACGACAUCAGCGCCCGAGUCCAAGAAACGCCGACGAGAGGAUGAGGAGAAUGAGCCGAACCACGCCGGUACCUGUACUACUGGUGUUGGGCCGUUCGGUACCGGGAAAACAACAACGGAUCCCGGUGAAACCAAACCCACAACGCGUCUGAACCUGGAUCUAUCCGAAUCUAACGAGCAAAAAUCGGCAGAAUUCAACUUCACCGAGCUCAUCCAAGCCAGCCUGCAGGUGAGAAAAGUUCCUCAAGGACUCACGCCUGCUUUGGACCCAAAUGACCCAUUUGCAGAUGAAGAUAAAGAGAGACGAGAAGUCGAAGCGCUAGCUAGGAAGUUUGAGAGCAAAUAUGGAAACAACGAGAAAAAGAAGAAACGGAGAGACAGGAUGCAGGAUCUCAUUGACAUCGGUUAUGGUUAUGAUGAAACCGAUCCAUUCAUAGACAACUCGGAGGCUUAUGAUGAGCUUGUUCCUGCGUCUCUGACCACUAAACUGGGUGGAUUCUACAUCAACACCGGCACGCUACAGUUCAGAGCCGCGUCUGAAUCAGAGGGAGAAGAUGGAGGAAAAAACGUGCACCGUAUCAAGAAAGACGGAGAGGAACGAGAGAUAAAACGAAGGAAAAAGAAGCAGGAUGGAGGUCUGGAGGAGAAGAAACCCAGAAAGUUCAAAGUACCUAAGCCAGGAGUGUCUGCUCUGAACCGACCGGAGAAGAAGAAGAGGAAGAAGCUGAUGAAGGAUUCUCUGUCUCUAGCCGCCAUGCUCCGUCGCUUCACACGGGAGAAAGAGGAGAUUAGGAAGAAGAGCUCGGUUGGUGUCGUAAAGGUUGCACGGGCUCAGACCAACACCACCAUCAGCACGGGCGCCGAUCUUUCUGUGGCUGACCUGACCUCUGACCCUGCUGUGAUGUCGCUGCUGGGCGGGGCCACAGAGAAUGACAUGAUCCAGGAGUUAAUGAGCGAUCUGGACUUUGGGCUCCUGGAUUCGCCUCAACCAUCUAGUCCUGGACAGAGCGAGAACGGUGCACAGAAAACUGUAGCGGUGGCGAGAGUACAAAAGACGGGUCUGAUGACCCCACCUCCUCUCCCUAAUGGUCUUCCUCCUCCUCUUCUCAAACGUAUUGAAGAUCUGCGGGCGGCGUCUCGUCAGUUUGACGUUGAAGGCAGAAAGAAGUUCUUCACGCUAGACAUGAACAACAUACUGCUGGAUAUUGAGUUGCAAGUGCAGGAACAGCCUGCAACGGUGCGUUCGACAGUCUACUCUCAUCUGGAAGCGUUUGUUCCCUGUAAUAAAGAAGCUCUGCUCAAACGUUUGAAGAAGUUGAGUCUGAAUAUUCAGGACGACAGACUGCGGACGCCGCUGCUCAACCUCAAACUGGCCGUGUGCACCGCCAUGCCGGAGCAGAUUGCACGCUACAACAUGGACUGCAUGGCCAAAGUUGCCAAGCAACAAUCUGAAGACGUUGAGAAAAACGGCUCAGAGGAUGAGGAUGAAGAGAAGCCAGGAAGAAGAGUGAUGGGACCCAGGAAAAAAUUUGUGUGGGACGACAAACUCAGGACUCUGCUGUGUAACCUGGUGCGGGUAAAGUUGGGCUGUUAUGAACUGGAGGGGCAGAGUUCAAUCUCACCCGAAGAUUAUCUGAAGGGCUUUAUGGAGACGGAGGUCAAACCGCUCUGGCCUAAAGGAUGGAUGCAGGCCAGGAUGUUGAUUAAAGAGAGUCGUAUGGCUCACGAAUAUCUCACGGGCAACAUUGUGAAGAAACGGAUAUUACCUCCUGCCAAAGUGAAACCUAAACCUCAGGACACCAGUGGUGUGCUCCAGCGAUCAGCCAUCUCUGUGGAAGCCACGCCUCCUUCUUCGGUAUCUGCCCCUGUGGUCCAGCGACCCCUGUCCCCGCCUGAGCCCAUCUGUCUGUCUGAUUCUCUGGACGAGGAUUUGACCCCUCCAUCGCUGGACUCCAUAUCACACGCUCUGGCAUUGCUUAGCAAUGCCGCUAAAGGUCUGGUUCAGUCCGACAGCCCGCCGUCCUCUGGCGGACCCAAACCGAACCCUUCGGCGUCACAGCACGCGUCUCCUCAUCUGCCCAAAAAGAGCUCCACCUCCCCGCCCCAUCCGAACAUCAUCGCUUCUCCGUCCGUCCGUGCUGAUGCCGUUAAAGGUGUGAGCGUUUUAUCACAGACACAAAGACAUUCAGUCAUUCCUGCUCAGCGACCACCCGUGACCACGAGCAGUAAGGUUGGUGUGCCAGGUGCGCCUACUCCUCCAAAACCACGCCCACCUCCGACAGCAUCGCCUCUUCAUGCCCCCCAAAAGAUUAUGGGUGGAAAAACGGUGGUUAGCAUGCCCACAGUUCUCAUCAAAACCAGCAAUAAUACCAGCGUCAGUCGUGUGAGCAGUGCGGAUACUGUUAGCCCGACGCCACGGACGCUUCCGACCACUUCAUCGCCUUCGCACAUAAACGUUAAAACCGUGCAGCCGUUUCACCUGACCUCGACGUCGCAAGCCAAAAACCUGCCGUCACCCUCUCAGCCCAAACCCACACAGCACCAACCUGGGUUCAUCACACCCAUGCAGGCCACCAUCACAAAAUCACCCCACAACUCCAACAUCAUAAAGCUCACACCUACCCCAUCUCCUACCACCAGACCACUCACCUUACCCAGUAUGCACCAGCACACGUCUAAGAGCCCAGGUUUUCGGGCGGGGUUUCCUGGCGUUGCUUAUAGCUCCCCUGUGGGGCAGAAGAACACAUCUCAGGGCAACAACAUCUCCAGCCUCACCACGACAACCUCAUCUGUUACUAAGCAAUCGGUGACCAGUGCGUCGCCAGUGGCAGGGACAGCCAAUCACAGUCAGCGGCACAGACAAGUGGGUGGUGCUAAUCAGGGGGUGAAGACAAUCACAUCGGUUUCCACCGCGGCAGCUUCGCAACUCUCACAGGUGUCAUCCUCCAGUGCUCUGUUGGGUUCAGCCACUCAGUCUUUGCCUUUGGGUUUUGGGAUGUUAGGAGGUUUGGUUCCAGUCUCUCUCCCAUUCCAGUUUCCAAGCCUGCUGAAUCUUCCUUCAUCUGUGAUGUCGACUGCAGCCACCAGCGGCUCAACAAACCCCAGCAGCUCAGGUUUUACCCUGCCUCAGAAUUUGUUAAAGGGUCUCAUGUCUGGGUCUCAGAGCGCUCUUCCUCCACACUUACAGCUGGCUUUCUCAGAUGUCAAUCAAACCCAGGGUGGAGAUUUGAAGAAGAAGUCAUUAUGACAUCAUGGAGCUCCAGAAUGAGAUGAACUCUUGACUGUUGGCUGAUUCAGGACUGACUCCGCCCACUUAUGCAUGAUCUGCCAGCCAUCCAAUAAGGCAGAACUGUUUUUUAAGCAUCUGAAUAAUGUUGUUAAAAACCAAUAAUGUUAUUAGAUAAAUGAUGAUUUUUCAUUUGUACAUAUGUAUUAAUGUUUACACAGACAGACCUUAAACACUGUGGAUAGGGAGGUGUGUGUGUGUGCGUGUGUGCGUGUGUGUGUGCGCGUGUGUUUGCAUGUCUACUAGCUGCAGUAUAUGUAAAUGUUAGUUUUAUUUUUAUUUUUUUAGGUUUUGAUAGAUUAAAUAAGCAGCGAGUGAUUGAUUUCCUCCCUCUCUCAGGAGUUGGUCAGUGUCUCUGGUGCUGUUAAUGAAUUAAAUGCCCCUUUAAAAUAAAAACAAACUGUAAACCAAAUAAAAGGGGAAGCGGGAACUGUAAUAUACUUGAACUUCAGGAUUUGUUUACUUGAGCUUUAGAAAGCGAGCAAAAUAAAAAUUCAAAAGCC